AUGAAAAAGUUGAUCUCUCGAUUGAUAUAAUUUGGAUAACUUUUCCACUUGAUCCACAUUUAUUAAAGAUUAUAAUAGAAAAUAUAAACAAAAAUUUAUAAGUAAUUACCAAUGCUUGGUUUGAUAGAUAUUCUAGCACAAAGGCUCUUUCUUGUGGAAAUAAAUGGAUUUAUGAUAUUUUUUGUCAUGAGUCAUCCUUGCAAAUAGGUUUUUUUCAAAUAUUGCUCUGAUUAUUAUUAAAUAUUCACUCCUUUAAUUAAAGUUAAUAGAGGGUAUGAACCUUAAAUUUUUCAAUAUAUAAGAUCUGAGAAAAUUACCUAACAGCUACUUUGA